ACACAUAGACACACACACUCGCUCUCGCACACUCGGUGACACGCCCGCGCGCGCGCGCACCCACACGCCCGGCCGCCGGCGCCCUCCCAGCUGGUCCACCCCGGCGGGGCCCGCGCCCCCGGCCCGCCCGCCUGGCACCGCGCCCCGGGGCUGGGGCCGAGCGAGGAGUCCGCGAGGCGGCGAGAGGGCGAGCGCCAGGCAGGCCGGCCAGGGGCCCCCGCCCCCCGCGCCCCCGCCCGAUGGGGAACGCUCCGUCCCAAGGCAUGUCCCUGUCUCUCUCCUCCCUAAUGUGCCUCCAUGCUUAAGUGGAAGGGCUCCAGCGUGCAGCGGGAGGGAAGGCUCCAGGACUCUGUUCCCUCUGUUUAAAGUCUCCAGAUCCGGAGCGGAGCAGCCCCCCCAUGCUGUCUGCGGACGAUGCCGAGUACCCGCGGGAGUACCGGACCCUGGGGGGCGGGAGCGGCGCGGGCGGCGGGGGCCGGCGCUUCUCCAACGUGGGGCUGGUGCACACGUCGGAGCGGCGGCACACGGUGAUCGCAGCCCAGAGCCUGGAGGCGCUCAGCGGCCUCCAGAAGGCGGAUGCCGACCGCAAGCGCGAUGCCUUCAUGGACCACCUGAAGAACAAGUACCCCCAGCACGCCCUGGCCCUGCGGGGUCAGCCCGACAGGAUGCGCGAGCAGGUUGGCGGCUGGACCGUGGACCCCGUGUGCCUCCUCAGCUCCCUCUGCUCCCACCUCCAUGGCGACUCCGCCCCCUCCGGGGCUGGCCAGCCGGCCCAGCAGCCAAACUACUGGAGUUUCAAGACCCGCAGCUCGCGCCACACUCAGGGAGCCCAGCCCGGGCUGGCAGACCAGGCAGCCAAGCUGUCAUACGCCUCGGCUGAGUCGCUGGAGACCAUGUCGGAGGCGGAGCUGCCCCUGGGCUUCAGUAGGAUGAACCGCUUCCGACAGAGCCUGCCCCUCUCCCGCUCCGCCAGCCAGACCAAGCUGCGCUCGCCAGGGGUGCUGUUCCUGCAGUUCGGGGAGGAGACUCGGCGCGUGCACAUCACGCACGAGGUCAGCAGCCUGGACACGCUGCACGCGCUCAUCGCGCACAUGUUCCCGCAGAAGCUCACCAUGGGCAUGCUCAAGUCGCCCAACACCGCCAUCCUCAUCAAAGACGAGGCUCGCAACGUCUUCUACGAGCUGGAGGACGUCCGGGACAUCCAGGACCGAAGUAUUAUCAAGAUCUAUAGGAAGGAGCCUCUUUACGCCGCUUUCCCUGGCUCACACCUUACCAACGGGGACCUCCGGAGAGAGAUGGUGUAUGCUUCAAGGGAGUCAUCGCCCACACGGCGUCUCAACAACCUGUCGCCGGCGCCGCACCUGGCGUCCAGCUCUCCGCCCCCGGGCCUGCCGUCGGGGCUGCCGUCGGGGCUGCCGUCGGGGCUCCCGUCCGGACUCCCCUCAGGGCUGCAGUCGGGCUCGCCGUCGCGCUCGCGCCUCUCCUACGCCGGGGGGCGCCCGCCCUCCUACGCUGGGAGUCCGGUGCACCACGCGGCCGAGCGGCUGGGGGGUGCCCCAGCCUCCCAGGGCGUCAGCCCCAGCCCCAGCGCCAUCCUGGAGCGGCGCGAUGUGAAGCCAGACGAGGACCUGGCAGGCAAGGCGGGCGGCAUGGUGCUGGUGAAGGGCGAGGGCCUCUACGCCGACCCCUACGGGUUGCUCCACGAGGGCCGUCUGAGCCUGGCCGCGGCUGCCGGUGACCCGUUCGCCUACCCGGGGGCCAGCGGACUCUACAAGCGCGGCUCGGUGCGCUCGCUCAGCACCUAUUCGGCCGCCGCGCUGCAGUCCGACCUGGAGGACUCGCUGUACAAGGCGGCGGGCGGUGGUCCGCUCUACGGAGACGGCUAUGGCUUUCGCCUGCCGCCCUCGUCGCCACAGAAGCUGGCCGAUGUGGCGGCACCCCCCGGAGGCCCCCAGCCUCCACACAGCCCCUACUCCGGGCCGCCCAGCCGCGGCUCGCCAGUGCGCCAGUCUUUCCGCAAAGACUCGGGCUCCUCGUCGGUCUUCGCAGAGAGCCCAGGAGGCAAGACACGCAGCACCGGGGGCUCCUCGACAGCCGGAGCUCCCCCUCCAGAGCUCUUCCCUGGGCCUGGGGAGCGCCCGCUGGUUGGGUUUGGGCCGCCCGUGCCAGCCAAGGACACGGAGACCAGGGAGCGCAUGGAGGCCAUGGAGAAGCAGAUUGCCAGCCUCACAGGCCUGGUACAGAGCGCCCUACUACGAGGCUCGGAGCCUGAGACCCCUAGUGAGAAGAUUGAAGGCUCCAAUGGAGCAGGCACCCCCUCAGCACCCUGCGGGUCCGGCAGCCGGAGCAGCGGGGCCACCCCAGUGUCCGGCGCUCCCCCGCCCUCAGCCGGCAGCACUCCUGCGGGGCAGCCCACGGCCAUCAGCCGUUUGCAGAUGCAGCUGCACUUGCGUGGCCUGCAGAACAGCACCAGUGACCUGCGUAGCCAACUUCAGCAAUUGCGAAAGCUCCAGCUACAAAACCUGGAGUCGCUGCGCGCGCUGCUGAAGGGCACGGAGGCGGAGCUGAGCAUGCGCGUGUCGGAGGCGGCGCGGCGGCAGGAGGACCCGCUGCAGCGGCAGCGCACCCUGGUGGAGGAGGAGCGGCUGCGCUAUCUCAACGACGAGGAGCUCAUUACCCAGCAGCUCAAUGACCUGGAGAAAUCAGUGGAGAAGAUCCAGCGGGAUGUAUCCCACAACCACCGGCUGGUGCCGGGCCCAGAGCUGGAGGAGAAGGCACUGGUGCUGAAGCAGCUCGGGGAGACGCUGACCGAGCUCAAGGCUCACUUCCCAGGCCUGCAGAGCAAGAUGCGGGUGGUGCUGCGUGUGGAGGUGGAGGCCGUGAAAUUCCUGAAGGAGGAGCCACAGCGCCUGGACGGGCUUCUCAAGCGCUGUCGUGGGGUCACGGAUAUGCUGGCCCAGAUCCGCAGGCAAGUGGACGAGGGUGUGUGGCCACCCCCCAACAGUCUCCUGAAUCAGUCCCCCAAGAAGGUGACCGCUGAGGCAGACUUCAACAAGAGCUUGGACUUCGAAAUGCCACCCCCCAGUCCUCCACUGAACCUCCAUGAGCUGAGUGGGCCAGCCGAGGGAGCCCCUCCUACGCCCAAGGGGGGCAACCCCACCAAAAGCCUGGAUGCUGCUGGCAAGAGAAGUGUGGACAAGGCCGUGUCUGUUGAGGCUGCCGAGCGGGACUGGGAGGAGAAACGGGCCGCCCUGACCCAGUACAGCGCCAAGGACAUCAACCGGCUGCUGGAGGAGACCCAGGCAGAGCUGCUGAAGGCCAUCCCUGACCUGGACUGUGCGAGCAAGGCCCACCCAGGCCUGGCCCCCACCCCUGACCACAAGCCCCCGAAGGUCCCCCACGGCCAAAAGGCAGCCCCUCGGACAGAGCCCAGUGGAAGGAGGGGCUCAGAUGAGCUGACAGUGCCUCGGUACCGCACGGAGAAGCCCUCCAAGUCGCCCCCGCCGCCCCCGCCCCGCCGGAGCUUCCCUUCCUCCCACGGCCUCACCACCACCCGCACGGGAGAGGUGGUGGUCACCAGCAAAAAGGACUCAGCCUUCAUCAAGAAGGCGGAGUCCGAGGAGCUGGAGGUGCAGAAGCCCCAGGUGAAGCUGCGCCGAACCGUGUCCGAGGUGGCCCGCCCCGCCUCCACGCCGCCCAUCAUGGCCUCUGCCAUCAAAGAUGAGGACGAUGAGGACCGUAUCAUCGCGGAGCUAGAGGUGUUUGAGAGAAGCUCAGUGUCUUCCCUUCCCCCCACGCCCCGCCGCCAGCCGAUCCCCACCUUGCUGGCACCCCAGGACCUGGGGCCCCCUGGGGGCUCAGCCCAGGGCCCCACAUGGAAGUUUGGCCCACUGCACCGAGCCCCUGCCUCUGUCUGGCCUCUGGGAGCCAGUCCUGAGGGGGUCCAGUGGGCAGAGCCCCUCUGCCAGCCUUUUGGGUCAGCUUACCCUCUACAUCCUGAGAUGCCAUCGGGCCGUGGAGCCGGGCAGGCGUGGGUCGCCUCUCUGCUUUCCCAGUCUGCACCCUCCACUUCCAUCCAGGCUGCCCCAAGCCCCAGGGCCUUUUGUGUCCCCCGGAUCAUCUUGACAGAGUGUACCCCCAACCCUCCCUCCCCACCAGAGGCCAGGCCUGAGGAAGCUGGUCCCAGGACAACUCCCACCCCGCGCCCCCGGACCCUGGCUGGCAGCGGGAGAGGCUGCAAUGGUGCCCGGGCCCUGCCAGAGGUUGUGGCCAAGGCUUCCCAGCCCAGGAGCCCCUUGCCACAUGAGAAGGAAGGGACAGCUCUGAAGAGAUGGGGGAUAGAGAGCUGCAGCCCAGUGGAAGGAGGAGCUGGGGCUCCCUGCCCUUGGGGACCAGCCCUUGACGGGACUCAGGAGCUCUCUACUGCUGACACCCAGCCUGAGAAGACCCCCAAGGACACCAGACAGGAUGCCCAAGCCGGCAGUGGGGAGCCCAGGGGCCAGCCUGCUGCAGGUCUAGGCUGCACAGUGAGAGGCGCCCCCACCCAGCGGAUGGACAGCCUGGAGGAGACUCUCCGGGAGCUAGAAGCCGCCCUGAGCCAGAUGGGCACUGCCCUCGCCGUGGGGCCCCCCGGCAGCCCCCCACCCCUGCCACCCAGUCCCCAGGUGGCUGCCUCCUCCCCUAGCCUCUCCUCCUGCCUUCAUGCUCUGAUCUCUUGAUCCUCAGAGCUGGAGGGAGUGGGGGGCUGCAGGAGCAUCACGCCAGCCCCCUCCUCCCACUGGCCUUUUCUCAGUUCCCGCCAGCCUCCUGGGAGCCCUGCGCCAGGUGGGAUUUGCAGGCAGAGCCCCGGGAGGCUGGGAAGCCGGCCUACCCAAGGAUCGGCCCAAGCAACCCUGGCAGGGACCAGGUCCUCUCCCCUCUGCUCUGUAUCUAUAAACCAACAAAUAAAGUUCUCUCCUCCUUUUCCAUCCCCACGUUCCCUUCCCCCUCUCCUGUCAGACUCUCUGUGCCUCUGUUGUUUCUCUGUCUGCGCCUCUGAACCCCCAGCGUCAUCCUGGGUAGGGUGGUACCUGGGAUGGUUCAGAGUUGCUGGACUUGUCCAUCUCUAGUGAGACUUCCCCCCCCAUCCUC